AUGGCUCAGCGGCAGGUCGGAGCAACAGAAUUCGCCCAAGGUGGAUCCGAUCCCCUUGCACACUCGAACUUGCAUAACCAGUCUGUUCACCGUGACGGAAAUGCCAUGGUCGGUCACCCAGGGUCCUCUACAGCUGGGGACAGCGACACUCACAACAUUACUUCCACCAUGUCCCAGUCACAUACUUUGACGCCCUCGCGCGGGGGCACCCUUAAAAAGCGACAGUCGCUCAGUAGAAAGAAUAGCUUGAAGCGAAGCGGAAGCAGGAAGGACAGUCGCCCAGCGAGCGUGAAAAGCUUGACUUUCGCAGACGAUGUGGGUGGAUACGGAUCGGAGAUGACGAGCGCCUUCUUCACCCCUGUACCCACGACUGGAAGCCCCACAGAGAUCUUAGCGAACAGGUUCCAAGUUUGGCGGAAGGUGCUCAAAGAUCUGAUCACCUACUUUCGGGACAUCCAAAAAUCCUACGACGCCCGCUCCAAAUCUCUCUAUACAAUUUCAAAUGUCAUUACGAACAUCCCUACUCCUCCCCACUUCGUAUCAGAAGGAGGAAUCAGUGACGCUAUAUAUGUUUUAAGAGACUUCCAUAAGCAAUCGAUAACGGAGGGCAAUAAGGCCAAGUCCAUUGAGGAAGAGGUAAUCGUGCAGCUCACAGGCCUUCGGAGUGAUCUGGGCCAGAAGAUCAAGGAGAUAAAAGGCCUUUCUGGUGACUUUAAAAACGGCGUAGACAAGGAGACUGAGGGUACUAGGAGAGCAGUACGGGACUUGCAGGACGCUUUAGGUGCUGCAAAUACGGACGCGAAGAACGACCCCUAUUUAAUCAGACUUGGAGUUGACCGACAAUUGGGGAGACAAAUCGAAGAAGAGAACUAUCUGCAUAGGGCGUUCUUGAAUCUGGAAAGCUCUGGUCGAGAGCUCGAGUCGAUUGUCAUGGGAGAGAUCCAGAAAGCAUACAGCGCGUAUGCUGGAAUCAUCAAAAGAGAAGCAGAUGAGGCGUAUGAGACCGUUGAAAGACUCCGAAGCGGUCCUUUGGCUAUCCCGAAAGACUUCGAAUGGAACGCUUUUGUUGACAACAAUGAGCAUUUCGUAGAUCCCAGGCUCCCAGUACGCAGAGUGGAGAACAUUACGUAUCCGGGUAAAGAUGAUGCGGCUGCUUCAGAAGUCAAGGCGGGAAUGCUUGAGCGUAAGAGUAAGUACUUGAAAAGUUAUACGCCUGGAUGGUAUGUGCUAUCUACCACGCAUAUUCAUGAGUUCAAAUCUCCAGACCGGAUAUCUAGCCAAGCGCCAGUCAUGUCUCUGCCACUCGCAGACCAGAAACUCGGCUCACAUUCGAACGCUGACUCCACCUCCCACAAAUUUAUGCUCAAAGGACGUCAGAGUGGCGGUAUGCAUCGAGGACACGCAUGGGUAUUCAGAGCCGAGUCAUUUGAUACUAUGCUCGCCUGGUUUUCCGACAUCAAAAGUCUAACUGAAAAGACUGGCGCGGAACGCAAAGAAUUCAUUCGAAGGUCCCAUGCACGGAGUGUAAGUGCAGGCAGCCACAAAGCAGGCUCUAUCAGCAGCGAUGGCGGUAUGGAUGAGGAUGAAGCAGACGAAGUCCCAUAUUCUGCAACCGCUUCUCAAGCCGAAAUACCACCCCAAGUGGAAAAGCUCCCACAGCGCCCUAAUCCAGGUGGGCGUUUUCCGAGUGCUUUGAAGAUCAAUCGAGACUCACAAGUGCCCGUUUCCCCUUCUAGUCCGUCGAGCUCCACAGGUGACCGAGAAAUAGUUGCUGCUGCCAGCGCACUCCCGGAAUCUGGUGUUCCUUUUGGUAGCUCGGGGCAGCAGAUGCAGGUUGGUUAUGAUGAGACGAACCCCGCGAGAGGAGAGCUAGACGGUGCAUCUGCAGCGCCACUGGCAAUGGAUUCAUACUCUCCAAUGGCAACUAAGCAGGGCCUUAAAGGCCUACCAUUGCAGAAGGGAUCGAACUGGGCCACAAUAGCUGGCGUUAAGGACCAUAAUUCACCUGAACAAGCUCAGAGUAUCGGUUCAUCGGAUGAUCCAGGUUCUGUCACCUAUCAUCAUCAACAGGUUGAACCUACACCACGAUCAUUGCCCUUCAAUGUGGAAAGACAUGAUAGCAAGUACGGCGACUGGCUGGCCGGAGCAGGGGGUGCAGCAGUUGGUGCUGCUGGGAUCGAAGCCUACCGACACGUUGGUAAAGAAAUAGAGCCAGCUGCUCACGAAGACCAGCCCGGCCUACAGACUACUCCUGCUGCCACUCAAGUUUCCGCUCCGGUACCUCAGGAGUCAGGACAGCCGCCUGUCCAAGGAGCCAUUUUUGCCGCUUUCCCGUUCGCCUCUAGUAGCACGAAUGACACUGCCAAUCAAAGCAUUUCGCCAAAUAUAGGCGACCCGACCUCACAUGCCUCUGAUCCAGCGUCACCAAUUAAAGACCUGGCAAGUAGACCUUCGCUGGGAAGCCGUGUAGCUACAAUUAGCGAGUUGCACGUGCCUGGGGAGUUUCCCAAGGGCAACCUCCCAAUGAAUUCAUCGUGA